GCCCCGCAGAGCGAGCCAGAGAGCCUGUUUGCCCAGCUCUGCCUUCGGGUUGGAAGAGAGGCGGGGGGGGGAGGGCAGAACUUGCGACGGAAAACAUGGACUCCCGUCCUCACAGCUGUAGCCUGGAGAGCAUGGACUCUGGCAUCUCAAGUUCUCUCUCGGCGAUGUCGGUGACCUCCUCGACCCCCGGGCCAUCUGUCCACCCCCCGGGCCCCGCCCUGAUCCAGCUGCAGAUCGGCCUCUUCAGAGAGGUGGUGUGGGUGUCCAGCGGUCAGCUCAGCUUCCACAGCGUCAGGAAGCUGGCCAUGCAGAUCAUAGAGCGCAAGGCUCCGGAGUGCACCAUCGUCGGAAACGGGGAGAAGAUCCUGCUGUUCCGGCACGAACCCGGGACCGAGCACCUGCUGCGGCUCCUGAGCGGCUCGGACACGCUGCAGGACGGCGACCUGGUGGAGGUGGUCCUGUCCGGUUCUGCGUCUGUGACUGAGAUGAAGCUCCGCCCACAUACUCUGGUGGUCCAAUCAUAUCGCACCCCAACCUUUUGUCACCAUUGCGGCGAGAUGCUCUGGGGGCUGGUGCGCCAGGGGUUAAAAUGUGAAGGGUGUGGGCUGGAUUUCCAUAAGCGAUGCGCUCUGCUGUUGCCGAGUGACUGCAGCCGAACGCGCAGGCGGUGCGGGCCCAGCCUGUCCCUGUUCCCCUCGGGGCGUCCCCGAACCCCCUCCCUGUCCAAUCAGGCCGGGGGCAGUCUGGAAGAGAUCAGCCUGUCGAAGCCUCGGUCCCGCCCCCCCUCCUGGGCGGAGCGGCCGGUGUGGCUGGGGGUGGGGCAGGGGGAGGGGGGAAGGCCCCAGGUCCCGCACACCUUCCACAUCCACACCUACACCAAGCCCACCGUCUGCCAGUACUGCCAUCGGCUGCUCAAGGGGCUCUUCCGGCAGGGACUGCAAUGCUCCGACUGCAAGUUCAACUGCCACCGGCGCUGUGAGCCCCACGUACCCAGCGACUGUCUGGGAGAGAAGAGGAUGGCCAACGGAGGGGGUGAGAUACACUGCUGCCACACCCUCAUGGAGACAGAUGAUGACCCCGAUCUGACCAGCAGUAGCUCUCUCUUGGACAGCAAGGAUGACGAGCAGUCUGUUGCUGAAGUGCCAUUCACUGAAUCACUGGGCGUGGGGCAGGAGUCACCAAUAAGCCCCUGCUUCAGCAGCAACAUCCCGCUGAUGCGUGUGGUGCAGUCUGUCCGUCACACCAAGCAAAGGGCCAGCGGCGUGCUGAAGGAGGGCUGGCUGCUACACCACACCAGCACCGACACUCUGAGGAAACGCCAUUACUGGAUUCUGGACAGGAAGAGCAUCACUCUUUACCAGAAUGAAAACAGCACCAAGUACUACAAGGAACUGGCUCUGUCGGAGGUGCUGCAGGUACGAGGGGUUGGCCAGCUGUCUGUGGCCACGCCCGCGGGCGACAGCGCCCACUCCUUCGAGCUGGUGACGGGCUCGCUGGUGUACUGCGUGCUGGCGGGUCAGGAGGGCCAGGCCUGGGAGGCGGCCAUCCGCCAGGCCCUGAUGCCGGUGCAGAGCAGCGGACGUACAGCGCAGGACGGAUACAUGAUCUCACCAAGUACUGACAUCGGCGCAGUGUAUCAGAUCUUUGCAGAUGAGGUGCUGGGCUCAGGACAGUUUGGUGUGGUGUACGGAGGCACACACAGGCAGUCUGGACGCCCGGUGGCGGUUAAAGUCAUCGAUAAGACCCGCUUCCCCACCAAUGAGGAGAGACAGCUGCGAAACGAGGUGGCCAUACUGCAGAACCUGUCCCACCCGGGGGUGGUGCUGCUGGAGGGCAUGUUCGAGACCUUGGAGCAUGUGUUCGUUGUCAUGGAGAAGCUCCACGGUGACAUGCUGGAAAUGAUCAUGUCCAAUGAGAAGGGGCGGUUGCCGGAACGCAACACUCGCUUCCUGGUCACUCAGAUCCUGGAGGCUUUGCGCUACCUCCACAUGAAGCACAUCGCUCACUGCGACCUGAAGCCCGAAAACGUGCUGCUGGCCUCACCUGACCCCUUCCCCCAGGUGAAGCUGUGUGAUUUUGGCUUUGCCCGCAUCAUCGGGGAGAAGUCGUUCCGCCGCUCGGUGGUGGGCACGCCGGCGUACCUGGCGCCCGAGGUGAUCAGCAGCAAUGGCUACAACCGCUCGCUGGACAUGUGGGCGGUGGGUGUGGUUCUGUACGUCAGCCUGAGCGGCACCUUCCCCUUCAACGAGGACGAGGACAUCCACCAGCAGAUCACCAACGCCGCCUUCAUGUACCCCCGGCAGCCCUGGGCCCACAUCUCCCUGGAGGCCAUCAGCCUCAUCAACAACCUGCUGCAGGUGGCCGUCAGACGCAGGUUCAGCGUGGGGAAGGCCCUGGGACAUCCCUGGCUACAGAACUUUCAGCUGUGGUGUGACCUGCGGGAAUUCGAGCUCCGCAUGGGCCGCCGUUACCUGACCCACGAGGGGGACGAGGACCGCUGGAGGCGGCAUGCCCAGGAGCGCGGCCUGGACUUCCCCUCACACCUGGCCACGCCCCCCAGCGGCGAGGACGGCCAGUGA